UACCAAUGCUGGGCGCGCACGCACGCACGCAGUAAUCGUCGCGGCCGAGUCGGCCAGAUUGGCGGCUUGGCGUUUCUGUGGAGGGGCAGCGCAGCCCUUUUUCACUUUUCACUUUUUUCUGAUUUAUUUAUUCUCUUGGCGGCGCUCAUGUCUUGGCAUCGCAGUGACCGUGCCGAGUCGGAGAUUUCCGUACCUCGUUGCCGGUACCUACCCAGGUCCGAAUGUGAUUUAUUCUUCAGUCUUUUGAUACAAUGCAUUUGCGGCUCAAUUGCCGAUGGUGAAAAUCUUGGAAACGGCAUAAAUAUCCGGUGUGCAAACUUACUCACAGUACGGUCGUUGGUACCGGUCUAG